AUGGAGAUUGGUCAACGUAUGACAAACAAAGAACCCUCAAUCACGAUCAAGCAGCUCUGGUCCUUGCAACGGGACAAUGGUUCAGCCGACACGAGCCAUUUCGAGGGUUGGCUGGGUGCUGCCUGGACGAAGCGAAAAGCCAUCGUUCGUAUUCAUGGUCCAGAGCGGGGUAAGCAGGUGCUUUCGCGCACUUUUCGCGAUAAGCACUCGAGCAUCUACCAACGCGACGUGUCAGACAUGAUGCAAGUCUGCGUUGUGGUUAUACUCUUGCCAUGGAGAAUGCCGUCGCUGAGGUGUAUAAGAAGACCACCAGAGGACCAUCAGAAGUGA